GCCUUGCCGUACGAGGCUCCGACGCAAGUGGUCAUUUUGAUCUUCCUUUCCUUCCUCAUAUUCGUCAAUGCGGCUCGGAGACUGUUUGCCCGCAUCGUUGGAGCAGGGUUGCUGGGUGAAGUAAUCGUCGGAGCCAUCUACGGGGCGCCACUCGCUUCCAUUCUACCAUCAUCUGCACAGCAUGCAAUCUUAGCCUUUGGCUAUCUCGGCCUCCUCCUUCUUGUCGUGGGCGGAGGGCUAGAGACCCGACUCGACAUCCUUACGCAGCACCUGUUUGUUGUCUUUAUGACUGCAGCCAUUGGAGUCGGCCUCCCGAUCGGCUUUAGUCUGGCCCUUCUUCCCUCCGCCUUUGGCUUCAACGUGCUUGAAGCCUUUGCGUGCGGUGCUGCGCUGGCCAGCACAAGCUUGGGGACUGUCUUCUCUGUCAUCGGAUCGAUAAGCUCCGAGGAAGAUCACAACAGCGCUUCAAUCAUCGACACACGAGCCGGCAGCACACUGAUUGGGGCAGCGCUGAUCGACGACAUCGUCGGUCUCGUGCUUUCCAGCAUCAUUGUCAGCCUAUCCUCGUCUACAUCGCAGAUUGCGCCCUGGAGUAUCGCCAGACCCAUCGUGUCCUCGACUGUGUUUCUCAUCGUUGUCGCUCUCCUUUCCCGCUUCGUUGUCGGCCUGGCGCUGAGUGCACGACAAGGCAGGUUGGCGCACUCGAUUCGGCAGGGUCUGGACCAUAUCAGGAACAAGCAUCCGUCCUUCUGGACUCAGUAUGGUCUGGAGUCGGCGACCAUUGUGUUUGUCGUUGUUGUGGCUGGUUCGGCAUCGGUCGCAAAUUACAUUGGCUCAUCGAAUCUCAUUGGGGCAUUCUCUGCCGGCGCAUUCAUGGCCACCAGUUGGACUAUGUUCCAAAGGCAGCUCAACGCCGACGACACGAGCACUUAUGGCGACAACGCAUCGACGGCGGAGACUGGGAUUACUCUCAUCUCGCCGAAUGCAACCUUUGGAUUCUUGGAAAAGUCUUUCGGUCGGUACGUCCUCGUCCCCUUCUUCUUCGCUUCCAUCGGCUUUGCGAUACCCGUCAAGGAGAUGUUUUCGGGCGAGAUCGUCUGGAAGGGCUUCGUCUAUUCAGGCUUGAUGGGCCUUGCAAAGAUGCUGGCGGGCUCUCCAAUCCUGGUCGCAGAAGCUGUAGCGAGGCUCAAAAGGAGGCGGAAUUUCAAGAAGACCGGACAAUCGGUGCCAGGGGAAGAGGCAGGAGCAAAGGAGAACAGCCGUGUCGAGAUGGCGGCAGCAAGCGAGGAAGAAAAGGCAGAAGCUGCGUGGCCGGCCGCUCUCUUUGUCGGCAGCGCUUUGGUGGCUCGAGGCGAGAUCGGGUUCCUCAUUGUCAACCUGGCCUAUCAGGGAGGUUUACUUAGUAGUGAGGCCUUCCUCGUCGCUACCUGGGCUAUCACGCUCAACACAAUCGUCGGACCAGCUUGCGUGGGCAUCCUCCUUCGA